UUAAUACCUUAAUUACAAUAAUCAUAAGUUUUGAAUUGUAUACUUUUAAACAUUAGCUUAGUAAAUUAUCCAGUUUAAUUGUGAUUGUUCCUCAAUAAAUACGUGAAUAUAAAAUCGCGAAACGAAUUGAAGAAAUGAUAAUAAUUGAUAAUAACACUUGGAAGUAGGAAGGAUAUUAAAUAUUACAUUUUAAAUUAAAUUAAGAAUAAGUGUACGGUUUCCUGCAAACAUUAUCCUUUUUACUUUAAACUUUUAUAUGAAUUUUUUACUUUAAUUUUGUUAUCUACAUCAAAGAAUUUCUAAUCUUAGUACAUAUUUGAUGGUUCGCUUUAAAAAUACGAAAACCUCUUGUUCCCAGGUAUACAUGGCGGAUAUCACGAUACACGCUUCUUAGUCUACCAGUAAAAAGCUACAAGUUUACGAGUGAUCGCAUAUUUUAUUGGAAUAUAGAGAAACUGAAAAGAAAAUUAACAGGAUUUGCUUUCGAAAAAGUGACGGUACAUAGUUUUGGCGCGCGCGCAAAGGUAAACAAUGAACUGUAUGUUUCGAUAUCGUAGAAGUGGCAACAGUGUACAGCUCCGAUCCAUGUGACAGAGAAGGAACGUGACAAAAGGUGGCAGAGGGUGACGCCGCCGAGAUCGGAGUGAGUGUUUGCCCGGGCGAGCCGGGUGUCGGGUGUGCUGUGUACGAUUGUCGCGAUAUUCGUCCGUUCUGGCGUCCACCGGAAGGUAAGCCUGCUCGAACAAGAUAUCGGCUGGCUCCGAAAUCUCGUUUUCACAUGUUUUUCGCGAUGAUAACGACGGGAAUUUGAGAAAAUCGCGAAAAAAGUGCACCGACUAACGAGCAAUAUACAGCAGCUCGACACUUCUCUUACACGCCCAGCGGAGUGCUGCGUCACAUGGGCUGCGUUCAUUGGUCGAUACAGCCAGGUGACGUCACGAACCGCGCUUUGAUUGGUCUAUACCUCGGACCCCAGACACGUGAAUCGUGGCCAAGCAAGCAUGGCUGUUGAUGCGCAGUGGUUAGCACUUGUAAAAUGUUUCUGCCACGCGCUAGAUCGAUCAGGUUAUAAUCGUUGUGUGCUGUGAAACGUCGCAAGAUCGUCGACUGUUCGGAAACUUUACGUGUGCCUCGUGAUUUUCCGCAUGUGUCGCACGUUUGACAGCGGAAAUACCGCAGAAAUUCUCGCAAGAAAUUGAUUUCUACCGUGAAAGUGGGUUCCAGCGUGUUUCCAUUGUGACCGAAAUACAGUCGCGUCGUACCUGUAAGUUUCCUGAUUGUUUUCUAUCCGUUUCUCGCGUUACCACGCCCGUUUAAAAGCCUUCGCGGAACAUUAUCUCGUCGGGACUAUCGCCUAUUUAAUUAACAUGUGUAUAGGUGGUUGCGUGGCGUGUUUUCCGUGCCAUAAUAGACCCCGCCAAUCGCACGGUACUUCAACUCAUGACGUCAUGUUAUCGCAAGUUCCUAUUGGUCAACGGUGCGUGCGUCGCCCGUCUAACGUGUGUGUCGCUUUGUCAGUUUAAGGAGCUCGUUCGGCUACGGCACGCUUCUUGACUUUUCAUACUUGUUCCAAGCAACCUUUCCUCCACCAACCUCGACGCGCCGUGCCAUCGUCUUUCUUUGCAAUUUUUCCAUGGUUGCGCGUACACGAAAUGCAAUUGUACCUAUUCGUGACCGUGGUACGCUUUCGCGAUUACGCUGCCCCGGGAUAUAUCUACUUUUCAAAUCAGCGCCGGAACCUCGUUUCUCUGCUUCGCCUUUCCCGCCUCUGUCCCGUGAACCUUGUUUCUUCGCUGACUGAUUUCUCGGACUGCGCAGCUGAUAUUCUAUACACUGUACGUGCUCGUAUUCGCGAGCACGCUCUUGCGCGUACAAACGCCACGUAACGACUCUCGUUCCUGCUUUCGAAGCUACAUCACGAGAACAGUCAAGCUAAUCCGACUCGCCUAAAUGCGACGAUGGCUCGUACAACGAAUUGCCACCCGCGGCUGGCUGCAGCAGAAAAAGAGGAGGGUUGAGACACGAGAACGGGCUCUCGACUUCUUCGUCCUCGCGAGCCGGCGACGGGAAUCGACGGUCCGAUCGCAGAGUCUCAAUCACCCGAAGGAUCUUGAAGAGGAACAGAGCUCGUCGUGGAACGAAUUGGCAACGUCAGGAUGAGCCUGGAAACGUUGCUGGAAGCAGCAUGGUUCGUCGAGGAGCAGGAGAAGAGGAGGGAGCGUCUCGCGAGCAGCUCUUCCUCCUCCUCCGAUCAUCCGCUAGUCGUCGCUCCCCACUCCAACAAUCACAACUCCAACGAGCCACGUGGUGCCAAAUUGAAGAGAGAACGUACAGAACAAGAUGACUUGUUUUGCGAAGAAAAAAUGCUCAUUAUCGACGAGGAGGAGCCGCUGGAAAACAAUAGGACGAAUGGGAAUCACUCGGCAGGUUCACGAGGGAGUCCCGUGAUCUCGAGCACGCGAGUAACGCCACCCACGGCAAGUGCAAACCCAGGUCACCUGACCGCCCUUCACUCCACAUCGCACCAUCAUCUCCCUCCUCACCAGCAGCAACAGCAGCAGCAACAACAGGCGCCACAGCAACAGCAGCAACCGCAUCACCAUCACCACCAUCACAACAACCACAACAGCACGCAUAAUCCUUACGUGGAGAAUCACAAUUCGAAUCAUUCGCAGCAGAACACCGGCAAUCUCGUCGUCGACGUCGAGCCUAGCCACGACAGUAAAAAGCAUCGAAACGGACCGUGCGUAAUCCGAUCCGGCACUAGAGAAGUGCACAAUAAAUUGGAGAAGAAUCGAAGAGCACACUUGAAGGAAUGCUUCGAACUACUGAAGAGGCAGCUACCGUCGCAGGAUGAGAAAAAGUCUUCGAACCUUUCCAUUCUCCACGCAGCGAUCAGGCACAUACAGACAUUGAGGAGGAAGGAACGGGACUACGAGCACGAAAUGGAAAGGCUCGCGAGGGAAAAGAUCGCUGCCCAGCAAAAAUUGUUAGCUUUGAAAAAGGAGCUCGCGGCUACCUGGGAUCAUAUCGAUUUUAAUACUCUUUUGCCUGAACAGAAUUCGGCUGCUGAUGCAAUAGCUACGAAAAGUGAAAGUAUGGAGGUCGAUGUAACUGGGCUGGCUCGUGGUGGCACGAGGUACAGUAGUACCAGUAGCCUGAGCAGCGCGGCCACAGCCAGUUCACCACAAACACUUCAAACCACCAGCACGACUUCCAACAUUCAUAAUCAAGUUGCGACCGCGGCUGUUGUCUGUCAGACGCAGGGUUUGAACCUUGCACAAAGUUCUAGGGAAAGUCCACCUGCAAGUUCAAGUCCUGGAAUGCCCACACCUAGCAUUCCUACUCCAGCACAGGAGAAAGUUAACACAUCGCCGAGCGGUAUGGUGCCGCAACAGCAUCAACUGCACCUGCCCAUAAGCGCCCAGAUGUUGAACACGAAUCAAGGUCUGGCGACGAUCGUCCCGACCCUUCAGCACAUCGGGUCAAGCUUGAGGGUGAUACCUGGCGACACGAGGCAGCUACUGGUCACCCACACCGCCGGCAACACCGAGUCCAGACCGUUAACGUUAGCCGUGCAAAACUCAUCGGAUCAAUCGAGGCCGCUGAUCGCUGUGCAAUCGAACACUGGAAGUGAGCCAAGGCCCGUGGCGCUGGUCGUUCACUCGUCCACGGCCAACGACAACAGGGUGACGUUCGUGCAUUCUAAUCUGUCCAACAACGACAGGCCGUUGGCCCUAGCCGUGCAGCAGUCGUCGGCGAGUGACGUCAGACCAGUUACAUUUGUACACUCUGCGAACGAGGGAAGACCGAUAGUCCUCGCUGCGCAUUCUCCUGCACUGAACGUGUCGAACGCUCAAACAAGAAUAAGAGCGGGAGACACGCAGACCACCCAUAAAAUGGUUGGCGGUGUGGCAUUGGUCGGUGGAAAUGCAUCUGAGCUAACCAGACUUCCGGGUGGCGCUGAAUUGAACAUACUCCCAGCAAAUGGUUUGACACUGAGCCACGCAAGCGUAUCACUCCAGACUGCAACGGGCAAACCGGGUUCGACCGUGAUGCAGAACGCUCCGUCCACAGAGGGUAUAGCUCACAUCGUUGGUCCACACACACCCCUCUCGGGCCUGACGCCUAUCGUCACACCUAUGACUGUCGUCUCGCAAGGGAACCAAGUGACCGCUCACAUUCUGGCGCCCUCCAGCCUCGCGGGUAAAAUGAUCACGACACCGAUCCUCAAGUCCGUGGCGCAGAUGCCGAUCGUGAACGCGCAGUACAUAAACACCACCACCCUGGUGAAGCCCGUCGUCGUCGUCAGUUCACCGUCAACGUCCACGGCGCAGUCGACGACGGCCUCCAGCACGCAACCAUCCUCGACCACUCACACGACCGUCUGACAAAUCAAAGGAAACUGAAACUAGUUUGAGAAACGGCCGGGUCGUAUCGAUGCACCGAAGCACCGGCUGCCAGAGAUCGCCAUAGGCUGGAAUCCACGUUUCGCUGUUGUUCGACACCAUCGACCGCUCACGAUGACGUGACGUCGACCGUCGGGCUGAACGCGAUCGCAGAGGUCCUGGAAGACGGAGGGGCUGUGCCCGUCGCGGUGUUCCCGACGUCGAAGGAAAGUUUUCUAUUUUUGAACAUUAAACUUGCGUUCCUUCGUGUUUAAAUUCGAUGUUUUUACGCUCUUCCAAAGAGUACACCGACUGAGAGGGUGUUUAUGAGAAAGGCCGUUGCUCGACUUGCGCGAUUGCGCAUGGUACCUUGAAUACUCCGAACAAGUACUUACCGCGUGGUAUUGGUACGAAAAUGAUGCAACAAGGCUAUUUGGGAGGGGGGGGGGGGGCGAUUUGAUCCUUUGUUUACAAGCGAAUGUCAGAUUUGUACAGUGAGUCCUUGACUUACAUGGUUAAUUUCAUUUGGAAGCUUUAAGUGUAAGUUCUAUUGCAUAUGCAUAUUAGCAUGUUGAGCUAGUCCCUAUGAAGUUUAGAAACAUUGCAGAUUUCGUUUAGGGGACCGACGCUAUAGGUACACUCAGCAGAGACAAUUGUUGAGUACCUCACUGUUGUCUCUGGCGAAUGCCUGUUAAACUUGCCAAAUAAAAUUCGUAAUAAAAUAUUUACAUUUUACUAAUGUAGCUUACUAACCCUUUGAGUGUUAUAGUUUUCCAUAUUUUGUUGUUAUAUUUCUUAAGUUCGGGUAUUUAAAUUCAUUGAUUCUCAAGUUAACAUAUGUUUUACUCAUCAAUGUUUUUAAUAAAAUAAUUCCGUCCGCAGUGACCACAACCGGAUUGCUUUGGCCAAGAGUAUUAAACACUCAAAGGGUUAACAAAUCAGCCACGAAACUUUGUAGAACACCUCGCAUUCGACUUUCGCUAAACAAAGUAAAUUUUGUUGUUUUUGUAUGACGUAAGGAGAACAUUGGUAUCUACAAUUUUCCUAAGUAGAGGACUUGCUGUAUAUUCAAAAUUUCAACAAAUCGAUUAAUAAUUUUAGUCGUUCGAAUUGUAUGACUUUUCACCUCAGUAUGGGAGACGUGAGUUAACAGAUUUCGUUAACUUAUGAAUUUGUCCAAGCUUUUGUUCAGUCGUUGUUUCAGGUAAGGUCCUUAUAUGUUUUAUAAUAAUAUUAUUUAGACGAGAAAGAAAACAUGACUCACGACAUAAUCUUGUUUGCAUGAUUAUUUUAAAUUGCUUGACUGCAGAGUAUGAAGCUCAUCCGUUAUAUUUCUUUGGUACCUUGUCGCAAUUGGGGAAGUUCGGCAAAAGUUACGUGGAAAUCAUUUUGAAAAAAAAAAAAAAUGAAAAACCGACUGUGUUUAGAGUGAUGUUAAAUUAAAGAAUUUGUAUGAUAUAAGAUUGGUUUAAAUGCUUUGAAAUUGAUCGAAAUCUUGAAAUCGGAUGGAUGAUGAUGAUUACAUGCUUGUGCUUUUUAAAUUAUCAUGAAUAGUGGCUGUGGAGAUACAAUUAUCGAUGAACUUUAUCAUUAACGCCUACGUUUACUUUCGAAAAUUAGAUGGUAAAGAAAAAGAAAAAACGAAACAUGAAUUCAAGUUACGUCGUGCCCGAAAGCAUACACGCGAAGGAAUACACACGGUGUAUGUUUGUAUGUGCUCAAGUAUUUAUUCGCUUAUAUUUAUUCUACGAACUUAAUUGAGCAUUGGUACAGUUCGUUUUGGCUUCUUUAAUUAAUUUUGAUACCUUUUAUCGGGGUUAAUUUCAAUAACGAUCAGCUGUGACGCGAAAACAUUACACGAUCAACGUUGUUUACGGGUACGUUUUAGUGGUAGUUCAUUUUCCGACGAUGGAAACAAAUGUGUACGUAACACACGACUCUCGUCAAGAUCACAGACGACAUAUUAUCUUGCAUAAUAAUUGCUAGUGUUAUCAGUAGACUGCAGAUGUUGAUGCAUUUAUGGCAGAUGUAAAAUAUGGGGAAAUCUAUGAAAAUUUUCAUCAAAUGCCAAAGUAUAUAAAACAUCAACAAUAAUAUACAUGAUACACUGUUUAGAAGAUAAAACAAACUUUAAUUUAAUCUUAAAUUAUUUGUCUGUGUCUUUAAAAAAAGUAUGAAUUUGCAUGAAUAUCCGCAGUCUAGUAAUCAGUAUCGCGUUUAUAGGUGAAAACAACCGGAACUACUUGUAAACACGUGAACCGUUAAAACCGUACUAUUUUAAAUUGCUUUCUACCCUUAGGUAAACAAAAUUUAUGUUUUAUACCGCAACAUUAAGUUUCUCGUGCUUUCAUUUGAUAUACUCGAUGCGAGACCGUUAACGGUGAUUGUUCAGCUUAAAUAGUUUAACUAAUAGAAUGCAACUGCAUGGUGAAUAACCAUUAUCGAAUUCUUUAUUUGUCUAAAUAGAACAAGCUUUGCACGGGAUUAACAUUAACGUGAGAUAACGUUGCUGCAUCUCGUAUCUUUUGCAAGAGGGAAAAAAAUCGAUAACAGAAGUACGAAGUAAGCUCACUCUCACGGAUUGAAAAUUUGUUAUUUUUUUUUUUUAUAUAAAUUACUCGCGUACUUCUGUAAAUUAAAUAACGUUUUUAAUUUCUACUUGACGAUUACUGUGGGAUGUAAAUCUAAUUUGAAAUGAAAUUAGAAUUUCUUACGAGCAUUUAAUCGGGGGUCCUCUUUCGUAAAUAAAUAUGAAAUGAUUAAUGUUGAUCUGAAUUCAAGCGUAAAUUUAAUUAAAUUUUAAAUGAAAAUGCAACAGCAUGCAGACUUUCUCGUUUUAUUUGGAAUUCACUAGACAAAGUGUAAAGAUGCUUAAUAUCCGCGAUGCGAGCGUUCUAAGUUUUUUUUUUAUAGGCGCGUGUGCGUGUGAGUGUGGAUGUGACUGUUAACGGUCUCUUUCAGAUAUCACUAUUUGUACACUAGUAUUAUUAUUACUUGUAUCUGCGUAUACACAAACACACACAUAUACAUAUAUACAUAUAUAUAUAUAUCUUGUUUUUUUUUAUUUUUUAAAUUAUUUAAUCAAAGGCUUGGUCAGUCAGUUAAGCUGAUUAUGUAAGUAUGUAAUAUGCGUGGGGCGCUGUGUCUCUAGGUCUAUCAAACAAAUUCGUUGAAGGAUUUAUUAAGUUAAUGGUUGGCUGAGAGCAAUACCGUUUUCCAGGGAAGUUUAGAGACUUUUUGUAUCGACAGGGCUGUUGAAAAAGUCAUCUUGGCUUCUACCGACCUACCAAUGUCCUCGAUGCGUUCGUUUUUUUUUUUUUAUUCUACGUAGAUGAGUACCACUGCUCGAUAUAAUCAGGGCAUUGGGUUUUCUGGACAAUUUUAGAGUUCGUUCUCUAGAGUUAAGUAUAUCGGGGAUGAAGGAAAUACUAUGUAUUUAAUAUAGUAAAUAUUUUUUAUCGAACUCGACUGAGUCUAACUUCGAAGUAUUGAUUACUUUACCAAGGGAUCAUGUAACACGAGUAGGUGGUCUCAUUAUUUUGAGCAGUGUAUCGAGCCCAUGAUUAGACGCUUUUUUUGGUGAGAGAAUCUAUUCCAGUUGAAUAGAUGUAUCUUUCUUUAAUCUAGCAACAACUGGAAUUCAUUCUUGCAACGAACGCCACGAGCAUUGAAAAGUAUACAAUUGUCUUCAUCCGUUCGCACAUGUUCCCAACAAAGUACGGUUUAUAGAAAGCUACUGUAGGUUUCACGUGAAAUCAGUCCAGCACGAUAAACAAUUACGUUUAACGACGAUAUUGCUACUAAAUUAGUAGAGAUCUCGGAUAACAUCACUACUGAAUCAGUAGGACUUCAUUGGACGUCGAAGCAGUAUUUUAUUAUUGCAACAUAUUCGAUCGAAUUAAACACGUACAGGCAUCUUUUUGGGAGGGCAGUCGAACACAGAGACGAUCCCUCGAGCUAAAUUUUUGGUUCCAUAGGUUUUGUUUAUUUGUGAAAUUAAAUUCAAAUAUUUGUUACUUGCGAACUUGCUACGGUGAUUGAAAAAUUGUUAGUUUAACAAUUCUAGUAUAGAUCAAAAUUCUAGUAUAGAUAAAAAUUUGAAUUAAUGAACGAAAGAUAAACAAAACUUGUUGGAGCAAUACAUAGAAAUCAAUUUUAUCGAAAGGAAAUAUUUUUGUUUGCCCUCAAAGUAGUAAACGAAAGACUAUUUAUUUAAAAGGAAAUUCCUUUGAGGAAUUGGAUACCCCAGAGAUGGGCAAAAUUUUCGGUAUGAAACGUUUCGAAUAACACAACAGAUGAAACACUUUUAACUUAUUAUUUAUUCGAUAAAAAUUGAAAAUAUAUUUGGUAUCAAGCUUGUCAAGAUUAUCAUACCAAAUAUAAAACUGACAAUCUAAAUUAUACGUUCGAUUUAUAUUCUGAAUAUAUUACUGUGGACACCUUUUAUUCGUUGUUCGAAUAAAACUGUCAUGCAUAAUCUUAUAGCCAAGGUGACUUUUUCGAAAGCUUCUAAAAUUUCAUUCGAUAUUCCCAUCGAAGAUAAAUAUUGUCUCUCAGCUCGCGCGUCCUUUGUAUGUUUUCUAUUAUAUUUUUCUUUUGCGUCGAGUCAAAUCAGUGUCGACAUUCGCAAACAUAUCCGAACGUAUUUUUCUUUGAACAGGCUCAAAAGAGUCGGAUAUAUAAAUUCAUCGUCCAUUGCGGUGAACGUCGAGAUUUCUGUAAAUUAAACGUGUCUUUCGAAGGAAUGUAUUUCCAAUCCACGAUCUCUAAAGUGACGUGAAAUUUGAAUUUCUUAGAAGAAAUGGUGGUGAACUGCGUGAGAAAAAUUCAAAUUCUGUGCAACGCAGAACUUUCUACAAUUAACAGAGAUGAGGCAAUAUUCUUAGUCGAAUAAAAGUUAGGAUAACGAAUACAAGAUAUAAACACCUGUCUAUUCGUUGUUUGUUAAAUGAAAAUACAAAUUGAUUCGUGAACUUUAGAAUAUUUCCCUGUAAAGGAAUAAAAGGAUACAUUGGUUCCGUUAGUUAUUUGCUCGAGUUUGAAUUCUCGAAGGAAACGAUUUUAUAAUGAAUAAAUAGAAAUUUAAUUGUUUUAUCGAAUAAAUGACACGAAUAACACGCUGUUUAUUACUUCUAUUCGUCAUCUGUUAUUCGAAUGAAAUUUUGCCAAUCUCUGGUUAACCGUGACUGAACAGUUCCGCUCGAUCUCUGGACCUGUAAAUGCGGCACCUUCGUUUUAAUCCGAUCGUGUGAAGUCGUGCAAUGGAUGUAAAUAGUCGUACUAGAUGUUGGGGGCAUUCUGAAGCUGCACAACUCGGGACAAAUAGGCAAAAGCGCAGAAAAUGAGGAUCGUCAGUUUGUUUGCUGAAUGCAGAGCGGGUGAUCGCGAUUCUAAUUUAUUUCAAAAGAAACUUUUAACGCUGUUAAUCCUAGGACUUCUGGGGUCUCGAUUGACCCUACGCAUUUCUAGACCUAUCGAUACUUUAUUUAUUUUAACCUCAUGAAGGAUUUGAUAUAUAUAUAUGUUUUCAUUUCCUUUUAUUAGGUUGUCCCAAAAGUUUCUUUCGUUUUAUUAAUAAUUAAUUAAUAUAUACACAAUAUUGUAUGUUUUAUGUUACAUUACUGAAUUGUGUACGAUUCAUUUCGCUCCAUGACUGUUACAGCAUCAAUGUCUAAGAAAUUAGAUUGUCUAUUUAUAGAAACAUUGCCACACAAAAUAAUUGAGUGCAAAUUACGAAAGAAACUUUUGGGACAACCUAAUAUAUAAAAAUUACUGAUAUUUAGGAUCACAAUACCCUUCAGUUUGUUAAAGUUUUAGCUGUAGCUAUAAACUGUAGCUACAAUCAAACAUAGCUAUAGACCCUGAGGUGGAAGUCUAUAAUCGAUUAUAAUAACAUAAUAAUUAUAAUAUUACUAGUUAUACGUAAUUAUUCAAUCGAAUAGUUUUAACCAGUGUACAUGGAUUCUAUUUGUUAUAUGUUAGCUUGAAACGAUCCAUUCUUGAAUUCUCUAAGAAUUCUCUAGAAAUGCGUGGGAGUCAGUCGAGAUUCCAUUCUAGAUUUAAACUUAAGGGGGUAUCCUGAAUUAGGAGGUUUAAAAAAAGCGGUUUUUCGUGAAUUUUUUUAGGAUGGAAACAAAAUAAUUCAUUCCAUCGAUCGUUUUUAUUCUAUUUUCAUACAUAUUUGAGUAGUCUGUAGAAAGGUUGUCAGCACGAAAUAUUCAAAUUGAGUCGACUGUGACGCACAUUUGUAGAGCACCUCACAAAUAAAACCUCCUAUCAGGGGGAAAAAUGCAGGUCGUAAUUUUGGUUUGACACAAAAAAACCAAGAGAAAUUUUCAUUUUCAUACAUUUUUCUUCUAGGUGCUUUACAAAUGUGCAUCGCAGUCGAUUCAAGUUGAAUAUUGUUUCUUGAAAAAAUUUGUACAGACUACUCAAAUAUGUAUGAAAAUAGGAUAAAAAGUUGGAUGGAAUUAUUUAUUUUUUUCCAUCCUAAAAAAAUUCACGAGAAACAGGUUUUUUUAAACCUCCUAAUUCAGGAUACCCCCUUAAUCCGUCAACUACGUUCAUUAGAGAAAUAGUUAUUGUUCAAUUCUGGUUGACGAUUACUCGCCAAGCCUUCAGCGAGAUCAAUUAGAGAUCAAUUAAGUGGAAGCUGGCAUCAGGACGAAUCGAAAUGGAACAUUGUAUUUUGCUGUUGAGUGGCAAGUACUGUUAGCACGCGAGAAGAUUGCUAUUAACUCCUCCCACGGGACGAGUCACGGCGAACAUUUUAACCCUCUCGGCCCUAGUGAGACAUACAGUGGCGUGCAUAAGUUUUCAGACAGAUACAUUUGCCAUUUAAUAUUCCAAAAGCGAUAUCUAAAGUAAUUUUAGCUAAUGUUAGAUACCAAGGUAUUGCUAAACGAAAGAAAACAGUGGAAAAAUUAACUCUAUUUAUUAUUUUGACAUAUUUACCAAGCUGUAAUAUCGCUUUUCGGAAUAGAAAGUAAAAGAUGUAUCUGGCAGGAGACUCGCACGCGACAUGUUAUUUGUGUCUAGAGUGAGAGAAAAAUAUCUCAUUGACUUCCUUGAAGGCGAUUGGCUGCGAUACCAGUGGGAGGAGUUUGUAGAUAUCUUCUCGCGCGCGACCUGUACAAGUAAUGAUUACCGAGAGGGGAAAAGCGAUGAAAAUAUCAUUUCCUUUUUUUUUUUUGUACAUAGUGAUCGUCGGUCGACGGGAGGCAGAAAGUAACGGAGAACGUGCGGGGAAAUAUUAUGUGUACAUGAACAAUGUGAUAUAAGUAAUUAAUUAAAUUACUUAGCACUAUAGCGUUUAAGCAAGAAAACUGUUAAACUGUUUACAGCGUAGACGUACGAUGCUAACUAUUAUUUACUAACAUCCUAAAUGAAUCGUAAGGGAAUCUAAUUGUACAUAGAAUUAUGAAAGAAAGAGCGAGUGAAAGAAAGAGUGUGCGUGGGUAAAAGGAAAUCACGAGAUGUAUAAUUAUAUCGAACAUGAGAAAUGAAUGAAAAUAGAACGAAAACCGAAGUCGAAUACGUGAGAAGAAAAAAAAGAACCCUACGUCUUGUAUUAUCCCUCGUGAUAGAGCCUGUAGAUUGUAAUUCUCGUGCGUGAAUGGGGAACAACGCGAAGAAUAUGUGCGACGACCGAGCGUUCUAGUAAGAGUGUUGUUGUUGUUGUAGUCUAUGUCGAAUUUUGUUAUAUGCCAAUCCGCCUGGCUUAUGAAACACGCACUGUAUAUGUCACGAACCUUCGAACAACUUGUGCAUUGAAAUGAACGGAAACAAAAAACAGAAUAAUAGUAAUAAUAGUAAUAAUAGUAAUAAAACGGAGGAAAGAACGACGAUAAAUACGCGAUAAUGAGAAAUCGGAGCGUGCCGCGAAACGGGGCGCGACGAAACCCUCGCAACACUUUUCUUUUUGUUUUCAAAAGAAUGCGACAAAUUUCAAUACAAUCUAUUACAAUAAAAACGUAAGCGUGAAGCGUU